AUGGCCGCGCCAGGCGACAAGUCGGAGCCGCCUCAGCUCCCCGAGUACCACUGCAGCUACGUGAUUUCACGCCCGGUCUACAGCGAACUCGCCUUUCAGCAGAAGCAUGAGCGGCGCCUGCAGGAGCGCAGGACGCUGCGGGAGAGUCUGGCCAAGAGUUGCAGUUGUUCCAGAAAGAAAGCCUUUGGUAUACUGAAGACUCUCCUGCCUGUCUUUGAGUGGCUUCCCAAAUAUCGUGUCAAGGACUGGCUGCUGAGUGACAUCAUUUCCGGCAUCAGUACUGGGCUGGUGGCCACGCUGCAAGGGAUGGCGUAUGCUCUCCUUGCUGCGGUUCCUGUUGGAUAUGGUCUCUACUCUGCUUUCUUCCCUAUCCUGACAUACUUUAUUUUUGGAACAUCAAGACACCUCUCAGCUGGACCUUUCCCCGUGGUGAGUUUAAUGGUGGGAUCCGUUGUUCUGAGCAUGGCCCCCGAUGAAGACUUCCUCAUACCCAUGAACGGGACCGCCUCGAACAUCACCGUGGUGGACUCGGCUGCUCGAGACGCAGCACGCGUGUUGGUUGCCAGUGCACUCACUCUGUUGGUUGGGAUCAUCCAGUUGAUAUUUGGAUGUCUGCAAAUUGGAUUCAUCGUGAGGUACUUGGCGGAUCCUUUGGUUGGCGGAUUCACAACAGCUGCUGCUUUCCAGGUGCUGGUCUCGCAGCUGAAGAUCGUCCUCAAUGUUUCAACCAAAAACUACAAUGGGAUCCUCUCCAUUAUCUAUACUCUGAUUGAAAUUUUUGAAAACAUUGGUGAUACCAAUAUUGCAGAUUUCAUUGCUGGGCUGCUUACCAUUGUCAUCUGCAUGGCAGUGAAGGAACUAAAUGAUCGCUAUAAGCACAAGAUCCCCAUCCCAAUUCCUAUAGAAGUAAUUGUGACAAUAAUUGCCACUGCCAUUUCCUAUGGUGCCAACUUAGAAAAAAACUACAAUGCUGGCAUUGUUAAAUCCAUCCCCAGGGGGUUCUUGCCUCCUGCCCUUCCACCAGUAAGCCUGUUUUCUGGGAUGCUGGCAGAGUCGUUUUCUGUCGCUGUGGUGGCUUAUGCGAUUGCAGUGUCUGUAGGAAAAGUCUACGCCACCAAACAUGACUAUACCAUCGAUGGGAACCAGGAAUUUGUUGCUUUUGGAAUCAGCAACAUCUUCUCGGGCUGCUUCUCGUGUUUUGUGGCCACCACGGCCCUGUCUCGCACGGCUGUGCAGGAGAGUACCGGGGGAAAGACACAGGUAGCUGGCAUCAUAUCGGCUGUGGUCGUGAUGAUCGCCAUUGUUGCCCUGGGGAAGCUUCUGGAACCUUUGCAGAAGUCGGUCCUGGCAGCUGUUGUCAUUGCCAACUUGAAAGGGAUGUUUAUGCAGGUGUGUGACGUUCCUCGCCUGUGGAGGCAAAACAAGACUGACGCUGUUAUCUGGGUGUUUACUUGCGUGAUAUCCAUCAUUCUGGGGCUGGAUCUCGGUUUACUGGCUGGCCUUGUAUUUGCACUACUGACUGUGGUCUUGAGAGUUCAGUUUCCUUCAUGGAAUGGCCUUGGAAGCAUCCCUAGCACAGACAUAUACAAAAGCACCAAGGAUUACAAAAAUAUUGAAGAACCUGAAGGAGUGAAAAUUCUUAGAUUUUCUAGUCCGAUUUUCUAUGGCAAUGUUGAUGGUUUUAAAAAAUGCAUCAAGUCCACCGUUGGGUUUGACGCCAUUCGAGUAUAUAAUAAGAGGCUGAAGGCAUUGAGAAUAAUACAAAAACUCAUCAAAAAAGGACAAUUAAGGGCAACAAAGAAUGGCAUCAUAAGUGAUGGUGUGCCAAACAAUGCUUUUGAGCCUGACGAAGAUACUGAAGAUUUCGAAGAGCUUGAUGUCCCAACCAAGGAAAUUGAGGUUCAAGUGGACUGGAACUCUGAGCUUCCUAUUAAAGUGAAUGUCCCCAAAGUGCCAAUCCACAGCCUCGUGCUGGAUUGUGGAGCGAUCUCCUUCCUGGAUGUUGUUGGAGUCAGGUCACUGAAAAUGAUUGUCAAAGAAUUCCAAAGAAUCGAUGUGAACGUAUACUUUGCAUCACUUCAAGAUCAUGUGCUAGAAAAGCUGGAACAAUGUGGCUUCUUUGAUGACCACAUGAGAAAGGACACCUUCUUCUUGACUGUCCACGAUGCUAUACUCUAUCUACAGAACCAGGGGAAAUCCCAGGAGGGUCAAGAUUCCAUUUUAGAAAAGAUCACCCUCAUUCAGGAUUGUAAAGACCCUCUCGAACUAAUGGAAGCAGAGCUGGUUGAAGAAGAACUUGACGUCCAAGAUGAGGCUAUUCGUAGACUUGCUUCCUGAGGGCAGGACCAGGAGGACCACCAGCAUGCAAGACGGGGCUCACCUGCCAAUGCCAGGCUAUGCCAGCAUUUCUGCCUUGACUAUUUCUUUGGACCAGAAACACUCAUCCUUUUUCUAUUACAUUUUUUU